AUCCAGCCUUUUGUUAGUGGUAAUCAGCUGAAGUGCCAUCACCUGGAAAUAAAAGCUGCAGCAUCUAUCUCAGGACGUUUUACUUUUCUGCUCAGGCACUCCGAUGGCUUCCAGGUUUGUCCAGAAGAGAGUUGGAAGAUGUUCUGAGUACUCAGACUCCUUUCUGCUCAGGGAUCGCAGCCCUCUGAAUGAGCUCUCUCACAGUGACUCCUGGUGGAACGACAGGGAGGAGAACCAAGAGCAAGGAGACUCCCUCAGGGAGCAACUCAAGGAGAUGUCUGAGCACGUGGCCAGGCUUCAGGACACGCUGAGAUGUGAACGAGCCAAAUGCACUCGUCUGCAGCUGCGGUAUAACCAGCAGGAGGCGGAGCUGAAGCGUCGAGAGCAGCACACCAACCGCCUGAAGGAGCGAGUGUCUGACCGACACCGAGAGAAAGGACCCUCCAUAGAGGUGUUGAACUUUCCGCCUGGGGGUCGAGGCAAAAGGGAACAGCCACUCAAGUCAUCCAGGUCUACUGCAAAACGAGAAGAGGCAACACUGCGUGUGAUGCUGGAGCGCAGAGAAGCAGAGCUCAGGGAGGCGAUGAAGCUGCGCCACAGCCUCACCACUUUACUUCACACGCUCAGAGUCGACAUGGAACAUAGCCUGUCGGACGUGGUGGAUGUUCAGGAUGAGGACCAGACUGAAGACAAAAAGCUGGAUCGAGUUGAGGGAGCGCUUGGUGAUCAUGUGACAGGAGGUGUGGUUCAGAGUUGGAGGCAGGUGCAGAGGAGACUGACUGGCGUCCUAUCUGAAGGCCACUCUGGUACUGACCAUGACAAACUCCUGGCUCGACUAGAAACUGAACUGAAGGAGAAUCAACAGCUUGUCAGAUUACAACAGCAGCUGCUGCAGGACAGCCUUGCUUCACCUGUCCCCUCUGAAUUGGCUGAUUCCUACUUUUUAGAAGAGUGGGAACGUCUUCAGAUGCGCUGGGCAGAGCUCGAUCACCAGAGGCGGACUUUUGAAAAGGAGAGGCAGUCCUUCACAGAUGCUGCCAUCCGACUGAGCCAUGAGCGCUGUGAUUUUGAGCAGCAGAAGGCCUCUCUCCUAAAGCAGCAGUAUCUGUGUGACCCGCUGCUGUCUGUUAAAGGAGCACCAAGCAACAGGAGAGGGAGCGCUGCUCUCAGUGUCUCAAGUUUGGGGCCCAUUGGCAUAUCUGGCUUUCUUCCCGUUACACCCUCUUCCACCAAGUCGGGGACAGCCGCUCUGUCUGGGUCACGUCAGGGCAAAGUCAGAGUUGAAACCCCCAGCACCCCUGAGCUCUACUCUGCCCUCAAUCUGUCGUACAACUGCAGAACCAGAGAGGUGGACGAGUCAGAGAUGUGGGACGGCCGAGCAGACGGGAUGAUGCACACACGGAAGACUCCACACUUGGACUGGUCAUUUGAAUGUCAUUUUGAGGAUAGGUGGUGAUUAAAAACAUUCAUGUACCAUAUUCAAUGUUUUAAAAUAAUCAAUAAAGGCUGAUUAUACUUUUA